CUGACUACGCGUUCCUGUUAGAGCGGAAGUGUUUGUCCCUCGGUGCAGUCCGUCCGCCUCGGCUGGCUGACGUAGAAUUGGGCUGACGUGUCGGCGGUUGUUGCGGUGGGCCGGGCAGAGCCGAACCGGGCCGGACAGCGCCGCGGCCACUAUGGCGGAGGCGUGGGACGAGAUCCGGCGGCUGGCAGCCGACUUCCAGCGGGCGCAGUUCGCAGAGACCACGCAGAGGUUAUCAGAACGGAACUGCAUUGAAAUUGUAACUAAAUUGAUUGCUCAGAAGCAGUUAGAAGUGGUUCAUACACUUGAUGGUAAAGAAUAUGUUACUCCUGCUCAGAUAACUAGAGAAAUGAGGGAUGAGCUUCAUGUUCGUGGUGGUCGAGUAAACAUUGUUGACCUACAGCAGGUAAUUAAUGUGGAUCUGACUCAUAUUGAAAACAGAAUUAGUGACAUUAUUAAGUCAGAGAAAAAUGUUCAAGUAGUGUUAGGACAGCUGAUAGAUGAGAACUAUUUGGAUCACUUAGCUGAAGAAGUAAAUGACAAACUACAGGAAACAGGUCAAGUGCCCAUAUCAGAACUUUGUAAAACCUAUGAUCUUCCAGGAAACUUUUUGACACAGGCACUGUCCCAGCGUCUGGGUAAAAUUAUCAAUGGGCAAAUAGACCUUGACAACAGGGGGGUGAUUUUUACUGAGGCAUUUGUGGCUCGACAUAAGGCGCGCAUACGUGGCCUUUUUAGUGCAAUUACCCGACCUACUCCAGUAAUUUCUUUGAUUUCCCGCUAUGGAUUUCAGGAGCAACUGCUUUAUUCUGUGCUUGAGGAACUUGUUAAUAGUGCCCGUUUAAAAGGUGCAGUGGUUGGUGGGAGACAAGAUAAAGCUGUUUUUGUUCCUGAUAUCUAUUCCAGAACACAGAGCAACUGGGUGGAUUCCUUUUUCAGGCAAAAUGGCUAUCUAGAAUUUGAUGCUUUAUCCAGACUUGGGAUCCCAGAUGCUGUGAGCUACAUAAAGAAAAGAUACAAAACUACACAGCUCUUGUUUUUGAAAGCUGCUUGUGUUGGUCAAGGAAUUGUAGACCAGAUUGAAGCUUCAGUAGAGGAAGCCAUCAGCUCUGGUUCCUGGGUGGAUAUUUUGCCACUACUGCCCAGUUCUUUAUCAGUAGAAGAUGCUGGAAUGUUGCUUCAGCAGGUGAUGAGAACAUUCAACAAACAGCCAUCAGCUGUGGUCUUUAAUGAUACUGUAGUAGUUAGUGAAAAGUUUAUAAAUAACUGUGCGGAGUUGUUCAGUAAUUUGAUGCACCAGAAAGCUGAAAAGGAAAUGAAAAACAAUCCUGUUCAUUUAAUCACUGAAGAAGAUUUGAAGCAGUCUUCUAUCCUGGAAAGUGUUAGUUCAAGUAAAAAAGAUAAAAAAGAUGAACGACGAAGAAAAGCAACAGAGGGCAGUGGAAGUGUGAGAGGAGGUGGUGGUGGAAAUGCCAGAGAAAUCAAAAUUAAAAAGACCAAGAAGAAAGGAAGGAAAGAUGAUGAUAGUGAUGAUGAGACUCAGUCUGCAAACACUGGUAGGAAAAAGCCUGAAAUCACAUUCAUGUCGCUGGAGGAAAUUGAAGACGUUUUGAAGAAGCACAUACAGGAUGGCCCUGAAGAAUUUGUUGCAGAACUUGCUGAACAUUUAAUAAGAUCCCUCAAUAGAAGUUAUCUGGAAGUGGUACGUUCAGUUUUUAUGUCUUCAACUUCUUCUGCAUCUGGAGCUAGUAGGAAACGUACCAUCAAAGAUUUACAAGAUGAGGUGUCAAAUCUAUACAACAAUAUUAGAUUAUUUGAAAAAGGAACAAAGUUUUUUACAGAUGAUACACAAACCAACCUUGCCAAGCACUUGCUGAAGACUGUUUGUACAGAUAUCACUAAUCUGAUUUUCAACUUCUUAGCUGCUGACUUAAUGAUGGCAGUAGAAGAUCCUACUACCAUAACAAGUGAGGUAAGAAAAAAGAUUUUAGUUAAACUUUCAGAAGAGACUAAAGGUCCUCUCACAAAGCUCCAUAACUCUCUGAAUGAAAAAAGCUUAGAAGACUUUCUUUCUUUUCUGGACUCUGCAGCAGAUGCUUGUGAUAUUAUGGUGAAAAAGGGAGACAAGAAAAAAGAAAGGCAGGUACUAUUCCAACACAGACAGGCGCUGAUUGAACAGCUGAAAGUUACAGAAGACCCAGCUCUUAUCCUACACCUUACCUCAGUUCUGUUAUUUCAGUUCUCAACUCAUUGUAUGUUACAUGCACCUGGACGAUGUGUACCACAAAUCAUUGCUUUUCUCAGCAACAAAAUGCCAGAGGAUCAACAUUCUCUUCUGGUCAGAUACCAAGGCCUAGUUGUGAAGCAGCUGGUUAAUCAGAGUAAGAAAACUGGACAAGGAGAUGACCAGUUGAAUAACCAAGUAGACAAAGAGCAUGAAGAUGCUAAUAAUGCCAUUCGAAAGGAACUUCAAGAAAUUUCCACCUCUAUCAAGGACCUUGUCCUCAAAUCCAGAAAAUCUUCUGUAACAGAGGAGUAAUGAUUUUAAUUUAAUUUGAAAUUUUUUGUAUAAUCAAUUAAUUUUUUAAAGAAAUGGUUACAAAACACUUCUCAGUUGAGUGUUUCAGCAUUGCCUUCUGCAGCUACUUCUUUUUCUAGAAGCUGUGUGAAAUCUCUCCUACCAGCAUACUGUAUGUUUUUAUCCCAGUCUUCUGGUAAUGAGAUGUCCUUGUUUUUGAAAUGUGUUAUCCAAAGAAAAUUUCUCGUUUAACAUUAUAACUAGCAGUUAUGAUUUGCACGUUUAUCAUUGUCUUUUCAAAUUGUAACUGAAUAAUCCCUUUUCUUUUGUUCCUUGUAAAGUCAUAAUGCCAGAUUACAAGUGACAUUUGCAGCUUCCAGUCAUUGUAAGUAGUAUAUGCAAACUUAAAAUGUGUUCUUUUUAUGAUAAGCUUUUUGUUGUUGUUGUUGUUGGGGGCCAGGUUUAAGCUUCUUGGUAUCAGCAAUGGGGAUUUUCUAGUAUUAUCAUUAUUUGAUUUAAAAUUAAUAGAGGAUGUCUCAGAUCCAAAAGCCAAAAAUACUCUGCUAGAUUUUGAUUGCAUUUUUUUAGGCCAUUGUGUUUGUUUCUGACAAUUGCAGGAUAAUAUGUCUUUCCCAUAAAUGAAAACUUGAACGUAUGCAGAAAUUGUAAAGGUGCCCUUGUACUACUUGCUGUAUUCUAUCCUCAAAGCCAAGCUGCUGCCUACAGGGUGGAGAGGAGUAGAGAAAGAGCAGGGAGGAGCAAGAAGCACAGUCAGUGUUGGUAGAUUCUAGUCACCAGUCUCCCUUGUUCCCAUUGUCAUUUAACUGUUGUCAUUUAAACUGUUACUAUAAAAAUCAGUACAAGUUUUUUAAAAACCAAAUUGGUGCAGUUUCUAGCCACAAAUUUCAUUUCAAAUACUUGGAAGAGGUGUAACUUUUCUUACAUUAGAGCUUACUUUGUAGUCUAAUGGUUGUGUGAAUCAUUCAAAUUAGCCCCACAAUUUGCUGAGCAGCUCUGUCAUGGUAGAGAAAUUGGAAGGGAUAUCUGUUUAUAUAUAUUUUCCUCAAGGGAAUUUAAUCAUUUUGACUACUUUAUGGGAUUUAAUGGUAAAACUCAAUCACAAGCCACAGAUACUUUAGUGUUUUACAAUCAGCCUGUUUUCAUCUGUUAUACAAUGUUAUGAAAACAAUGACUUGGCUUUCUUUUACUCCAUCUUAGCUCAAUUAUUGUUGAGGUAAAAGGCGGUUGGUAGAGUUACUGACAGAGCCUACAGACUUACAAUCUAUUGAUACAUUGAGUAAAAACUAUAAUUCAAGAUAAGGGAUAUUUUCAUAUGACUGAUAGAAGGAUACCAACUCCUCUGUGCUCACAAACAUUAUAUAUUCAUUUAUAUUUUGGUUUACUCAGCUUCAAAAAUAUUUUGUUUUAAAUUGUAUAAUGGUCACGAAAAAUAAUCUCGCCAAAUAAGCAUAUAAGUGCAUCUGUGAGUAUCCAGUGAUGCAAUUAUUGUCACUGACAAAGUAAAAGAGUUAGAAGAAGCAAAAGAUAAGAAGAAUAUUUUUACUGCCUAAACUUUGUUCAUGUUCAACCCGUGGCCUCAACUUGCAUCAGAAUAGUUCUGAUCUUCCCCAAAAUAAAUAAAAAUGUCAUUUUUAUUACA